AGAGUUCUAGUAUUUAAGGGCCUGCGGCGGACCUGAGGGCACAGCAGCCGCUCAGACACAGACCAGCCAACAAGCCGUCCCAGCAACAUGAAGGUCGCAUUGGUGUUCCUUGCCGUGGCCGUAGCGGCGGUGACGGCAGACGUCAAGCCCAUCGAGGUCCUGUCACGAGAGGAGGUCCGCGACGCCAGCGGCCAGUACUCUCUCACGUACCAGACGGCCAACGGCAUCACGGUGGUGGAGCACGGCGAGCUGAAGCCCACCCCUGACGGCAAGGACCACGUGCUGAUCAAGAGCGGCCAGUACCAGUACACCAGCCCCGAGGGCAAGCCCGUCGACAUCAAGUACAAGGCCGACGAGUUCGGCUACGUCGCCACCGGAGACGCCAUCCCCGUCGCACCCGUCGCCUAAACAGAAUGGCGCGACCCUGUAACAACACCCAAAAAAUAAAACCACCUUAUUGACUA